CCCAAAGAAGAAGAGCAGAAGUGACUAAAUCGAUUAUUGUGUUGGCACCGCGCCCCUUUCCAAAUAAACAAGCACGAGAAGAUCAUACUUCCUCUUGCUCGACAAUAUUCAUAAGCAUUUUCAUUCUAGUCUAAACUAUGACCAAACCAGUAGCUAUAGUGACUGGUGCCGGAAGUGGUAUCGGUCUUGCCGUUGCAACUCAUCUCCUGACGCUCAAUUACAAAGUUGUUAUCGCAGAUCUGAAUGAGCGGACAGGAAACACUGCAGCCACCUCACUGGGCCCCAAUGCAACCUUCAUUCAAUGCGACGUAUCCUCGUACGCCUCUCAAGCACGCCUAUUCAAACAGGCUUAUGAAUGGGGCGGGAAUCGGCUGGACUUCUGCCACGCAAAUGCCGGCGUAGAUGAUAGGCAAUUGUUGUACGAAGAGGAAGCAAAGGAAGAGCUAGACGAGGACGGCUUGUUGAAGCCACUCAACACAAAGACUAUGGAUGUCAAUCUCGAGGCAGUCAUUCAAGGACUCUGGCUGUUCAAAUAUUACGUUAGGAGGAGUAAAGAGGCAGGGGGCGGCAAAGGCAAAUUCGUUGCCACGAGCAGCGCAGCUGGCUUGUAUUAUAUGACAACGAACCCCCAAUACACUGCAUCGAAAUACGGUGUUGUGGGGUUAGUCCGCGCUUCAGGGCCAGUCUUCAUCAAAGAAGGCAUCUCGGUCAACUGCAUUUGUCCUGGCUUUAUCCCGACGAAUUUAUGCCCACCGGGCAUACUCGAAGUCUGGCCUAAAGAGCAUAUUACACCCCUAUCUACUGCUCUCAAGGCCAUUAAUGCAUUUAUCAGCAAUGACGAUAUGACUGGCCAAGUUGUGGAGCUUUCGCAACAGAACAUUUAUUUCAGAGACCAUGUAGACUGGGUAAAUGCAAGCCAAAAAUGGAUUGGAACUGAAAGCUUAGCGAUCUGGGAUAAGGCAUAUGCGAAAAUUCCUGAAAAGAACGGCUACUAAUAGGUUUCUCAAUGUACAGAUGAGGACGUAAAGCGAUGGUAGUCAAAUGAGCAUGUCUGACGUCGAUUUGGCUCUCAAGCUAAAAUUCCAUCCCUUUCUGCUCGGCUUCAC